AUGAAAAUGGCGGCCGAUUAUAUAGUCGAGCAUAUCGAGCCCAAUGAGGAGGGCCUCGAGCUCUUUCUCUCCAAAUACAAGCCGUUUCGCCUAAAUGCACUCCAGACAGAUCCCUCAUUCUUUGGAUCGAAUUACGCGCGUGAAGUCGCCCAGGAUGACGAAUUCUGGUACAACCGGCUGCGGAAUCCCAAGACACGGACCUUUCUAGCUCUUUCACCAGGGCGGGAUGUCCUGUCAUCGGCAACUAUGGUGAUCAUCCCCCAGAUUUUCCCCGUAUUCAAGAAACUGUUGGGAAUUGAAGAUCCUCCUGACGACGACACCGCAACACUCGUCCAGUGGGUGGUUAAUGCAGUCUACACUGUCGGGCCAGCGCGCCGCAAGGGCAUCUCCAGCGCCAUCUUGGACAAAUCGGUAGACUAUGUAAUGAAAGACUCGGCCUCAAAAGGCCUAUCUUGCCUGGUAGUUGUGAAUACGCUGAAUGGGAAUAGACCGGCAUUGAGCAUGUACGAAAAAGCAGGUUUCAUCCGAGCGCCUGACGAGAAUGGCGCCGAGGAUCAUGGCGAGGUGAUGCUGUAUAUGUGGAGGCCGGUGAAAUAA